GCACAAUAACUAGUUUAUUUUACAUGCGUUAAAUUGAUGGAUUUAAGAAUAAAUUGUAAAAACGUAAAUCGUGUGUCAGUCGUUAAAAAUUAGUGCUUUUUUGAGUUUAAAAUAAUGUUUUAAUAAACUGAUUUAACAAUUGGAAAAAUAAUUUAGAAAUGCUGAAUAUAAUAUUGUUUCAAUCACGCAUGUACAAUUUUAGCUAGUUGUAUGGUUUUGAUAAAUUUUAAAAAUUUUUUGUUGUUGUUAAAUUCGUUUGGUACUAAUGGCUAAAGGUUCGUCUUCUGGUGGUAACCAUAGUCCUAAGAGAAAAAACAGCAAAUCUAGUAGAGUUAACAGAAACCAACCAACCUUAAAUGGAUCAGAUACAAAUCAUUCCAGAAAUAUGACCAACGCACAAAUAGACAAUAUCAAACCAGUACCAUUGGCACCUCCUUCCACUGAAGAGUUAUGGACAUUAAAAAAUCCGAUUUCUUUAAUAUUAGAAAUACUUAUCAUCUUUCAAAUGUUUUUUGUUACGUUAUUUUUUAAGAUGUUUAGAGUGUUUUUGCCAACAUCGAAAAAAUCUGUCAAGGGAAACGUUGUACUGAUCACGGGCUCGGGAAGGGGCCUUGGCCGUGAACUUGCCUUAGAGUUUGCUCAUCUUGGCGCUAAAGUAGCAUGCGUCGAUGUAGAUCAGACAAGUAACGAAGAGACAAUUAAACUAAUCGAGUCUAAAGUCCCGAAUGUUUCGGCCAAGGCGUAUACUGUUAACGUGGCAGACAGCUCCGAAACAGCCGCUUUGGCCGUCAAGGUGGAGAUCGAUCUAGGUCCGGUGGACAUACUCAUUAACAAUGCUGCUGUCAUCGUUGGUCACACGUUCUUGGGUGCCCAGGACCACACGAUUUCUACUAUCAUCAACAUAAAUCUGCUUGGACACUUUUGGAUGAUACGCUCGUUUUUGCCAAGUAUGAUGAAGAGGAAUAGCGGUCACAUUGUAGCCAUUUCGUCAAUUUCGUCAAUUAGUGGUAUAGCAAAUUUUUCGGCUUACACGGCUAGCAAGUCAGGUAUUAAUGGAAUGAUGGAUAGUCUCAGAGAGGAACUCCGGGAGCAUUCGCACAACAAAAUCCAUACCACUGUUGUGAUACCAAAACUUAUUAACUCGAGUGCUGAUUAUAUGAAAUUUUUCAACAGCAGAUUGCCAGUGUUGAGUGUGGAACAAGUAGCUAAAGCCACGGUCCACGGGAUUUUAACAAAUGAAGUAGAAUUCACUAUUCCUCGCAUAACAUAUUUUGCAAAUGUUAUUUCGAAACUCUUUCCCGUAAAUAUUUCUGAUUCGAUAAAAAAUAUUUUCUAUUUGAAAGUCAUGUUGCCACCACAAGAAUACCAGGACAAUCUGCCUAAUAUGUCAAUCAUUAAUCGUACAGUAGCUACUAAAUAAAAUUUAAAAAAAAGGUUUGUAUAAUAUGUUUAUUCUUAAUUUAUUUAUUU